AUGAGUGCCGCUUUCAAUCUUUUCGAAGCCUGCUCAGCAAAUAGAAUUUCUUGUAGCACUACUGGUGGUUCUCGUCUUCUUCCUGAUCAAACUCCAUCGUUGCUCUACAGUAGUAUCAUGCCUUCAACACCGAACGCAAUGGGAACGCAACAAAUGAUGUUCAAUUCGAUGGAAUUUCCCAUCAAGCCUCAUUCUCCUGAGCCAGAACUAAAACACAAUGUGUCUUAUUAUGCUCAGCCAACUGAAACCGACAAUGCUGGAUCCUGGGACUCCAACAAUCUGUUUGGUGAUCUUCCCGCAGAUGCCUUUGAGCCAGUGCCAAUUGGCGGAAGAGCAACAAAAACAUCCGGUCCCUCCGUGUUGGAUGUCUCUGUCCUCGACGGCGCACUGGAGCUUGCUUUGAGUACAGUAAGCAAAACUGUGUCCAAGGUGAGAAAGGCGUCGAAAAAACCACCCAUCACAGCAAGUGCACCAAUGGUCAAGAGGAGGCGGAUUUCCUCAAGUGAUCAACAACCACGCUUCCGUUGGUACCAAGAACAACAAUGGGAAGAACAAUUUGAAGAGCUCCUCAAGUUCAAGGAAGAACAAGGCCAUUGUCUCGUCCCCCACACAUACCCCAAGAACCAAGCCUUGGCUCGAUGGGUGAAACGGCAACGAUACCAAUACAAGCUCAAGGCGGCUGGAAAGGCACCGUCCACAAUGACCGAUGACCGUAUCAAGAAACUCGAAGACGUUGGCUUUGUUUGGAACACGCAUGCACUAACUUGGGACAAGCGCCUGAAAGAGCUCGUAGAAUACUGUAAGAAGCACGGCGGCGAUUGCAACGUUCCGUCAAACUAUCCAGAGAAUCCCGAACUGGCCACUUGGAUCAAGUGCCAGAGAAGGCAGUUCAAGCUGUUUUCCAAAGGUGCAAAGGAGUCCAGCAUGACUUUGGAGAGAAUCAAUGCACUCAAUGAGCUUGGAUUCAGCUGGAAAGUUCGAGAGGAUCUUCCUUCCGUAGAAUGCCCCAUCCAAGGCUCAUGGAUAUCCUAG